UGGCCAGCCCCGGGAUGCCACAGAAAGCCUGGGCAGAUCGAUCAGCUUCUCACAUCGUUUCCCACCCACUGGGCUCCCUUUCUGUGCCCUGUUCUCCUGCCUGGGAGAGCUGGCUCUGUACUGCCUUUGGGUGUUGCCCCCUGUCCAGUCAAAACGGAAUUUGUCCCUAGCAGAGUAGGAGGAGCCCAUUUCCCAUCCUCUCCUGCAUGCAGAACAGUGCAAUUUGUCACCAAUUCCUGUCCUUCCAUUUCACAGUGCCUUGGACAGAAUUUUCCAGGAUGUAGGCUGGGCUGCAGACUUUUCCCAUUGCUUUGUUUGUUACCUGGAGCAGAUGAAUCACAUCCCAACGGUGCAGCUAUAUUUGGGCAAACUCCAUCAGGGCUGGUUGGAGGAGGAAUGGGCUCCAAAGCCAAGGCCAUUGCCGCUCUCCUGGCAGUCACCUGUGUCUGCAGCAUCAUCGCCCUCAUUCUGAGCGUUGUGAAUGUGAAGGAUGUGCUUCUGUCCCCCAGCACCAAGUACGGUCUGGUGUUUGACGCUGGCUCCACACACACGUCCCUCUACAUCUACCGGUGGCCCGCAGACAAGGAGAACGACACUGGCAUUGUGUCCCAGGUGGAGGCCUGCUCUGUGUCCGCUCCUGCAGGACUGACUGGCCGUGCCCAGCACUUCAGCCUCCCAGGAUCAGGUGUGUGCUCGGCAUCCCCAGGCAUGCCCACAGCCCUCCUGCUCUGGCUGGAGCGGAAGCGCCUGCAGCGCCCAGGGUGCGUGGCCAUGCCGCAACUGCUGCCUCCUGGCAGGACAGCUCCGAGCACGGAGCAGGGCUGGACCUGGCAAGGACCUGGCAUCUCCAGCUACGCAGAUGACCCCGUGGGGGCUGGUGCCAGCCUGAAGCCUUGCCUGGACAGGGCCAUGAAGAUCGUCCCAGCCGAGCAGCAGCGGGAGACCCCCACGUACCUGGGGGCCACGGCCGGCAUGCGGCUGCUGAGGGAGGAGAACAGCACCAAGGCUGAGCAGGUCUUGGCCGAGGUGUCCAAGGCCAUUGGGGAGUACCCUGUGGAUUUCCGCGGAGCUCGGAUCCUGACGGGGAGCGAGGAGGGCUCCUUUGGCUGGAUCACUGUCAACUACCUGCUGGAGACACUGGUCAAGCUCAGCCUGGCCCUGUGCUCUCGUGUGCCGACACACAGGUGGAUUUUGGGAUCCCAGGGAUAUACAUGGCAGCAGGAUCAGCCUCCGGGAGACAGAGUUCCUUUUUCCCUGAUCAAAGUGUCUGGAUGCCAGCAGAUGUGCGGCAGCCAAGAGGCCGCAGCUCAGUGCUCCGUGGAAGUGUCUUUCUCGUUUGCAGAGAAAUGGGAACAUCCCCAGGACACCGAGGUUCUGGGAGCUCUGGACCUUGGCGGUGCCUCGACGCAGAUCACCUUCCAGCCCGGGGUGCCCGUGGAGGACAGGAACACGUCCGUGUUCUUCCAGCUCUACGGCACCAACUACUCCCUGUACAGCCACAGCUACCUGUGCUACGGGCAGAGCCAGGCCCUGAAGAUGCUGCUGGCAGCUCUGCACCAGGCCAGCUCGAGUGCCCAGAUCUCUCACCCCUGCUACCCCCAGGGGUACCAGGAGAACAUCACCGUGGCGGAGCUCUACGACAGCCCCUGUGUGCGUGCGCCAAGCUCAGCCAGCCCUGGCCUUGUCCUCAUGGUGAUGGGGACAGGGGACCCAGCUGCGUGUGGCACGGCCGUCCAGAGACUCUUCAACUUCAGCUGCGGGGCGCAGGGGCCGUGCGGGUUCAAUGGGGUCUAUCAGCCCCCCGUGCGGGGACGCUUCUUCGCCUUUGCUGGGUUCUACUACACCUUCAACUUCCUGAACCUGACCCGCCAGCAGUCUCUGAGUGAAGUCAACACCACAGUCCUGUCCUUCUGCAGGAGGAACUGGGCAGAGCUGGUGCAGAGCUUCCCUCGGCAUUUGAAGUACCUGCACACCUACUGCUCCGUGGCCUUUUACAUCCUGACGCUGCUGCUCGAUGGCUACAAGUUCAACGAGCAUACCUGGAGCAACAUCCACUUCAGCAGGCAGGCAGCAAACACAGACAUCGGGUGGACACUGGGCUUCAUGCUGAACUUGACCAACAUGUUUCCUGCAGAGGCUCUGCAGCGUGUCAAGGGCCACCAGCCUGGCCUGUGGGCAGGGGCUGUCUCCUUACUUGUGCUGGCCAUCGUGGCAGGCCUGGUGGCUGUUUUCCUACACUGUUCCUGGAAAACAAAGUAGGUCCCUGCCUCCUGACUAGAGGCAUCCUGCCUACUAAACCAGGCAGGGAAGUGGUGCAGAAGAGGUAGAAAGUGGAGAAGAAUGAAGGCAUUAGACCCAUCUCCAUUGCUCAGGAGAUCUGACUGGGUCAUCUCUGUGAAUGUGGAAGAUGACUUGAUCUCUCUCCAAGAGGAAGACUCCUUUAAUGUGACUGCCAAAAGCUGGUUGAGACUCGCUGGCUGGAUGAAGCCAGAAAAAUUCAAACUAGAAAUAAAAUCAGUUUUGUUUUUCAAA